AUGUACAAGAUUCCGCCGCCGAAGACGUGGCAUAAAACUCAAGCUCGGGCCUCAAAAGCAAAUUCACCUCUUAAAAUGGACUCAUUUACCAUUUCGCAGACUGGGUACAGUCGGAGCGAGACUGAGCUUGAGGGAUACACUCGCAUCAAAAACCUCUUUAUCCCUAUGCGCGAUGGCAUCGAAUUAUGUGCAGACUUAUUCCUACCCUUAUCGGCAAGCAAACACGCACAGAAAGCUCCAGUACUUUGCAGUCUUGGACCAUAUGGCAAAGACACGCAUGCAUCUGUCUUUGGGUUGCCCCAGACCCCUAUAUAUGCUGAGAUGUAUAAGCACAUCAAGCCCCUGGGCCCUGAUGCGUGCUUCGAAUUAUGCGAUCCACUAAUCUGGACAAAAGACUUUGGCUAUGCUUUGCUGCGUGUCGACGCCAGGGGCAUUGGUGGAAGCCAGGGAAAACUUGAUUCCUUCGGACUGGAACGCUCACUCCUGAUUCAAGACGACGCUGAGGGACAAGACCUCUACGAUAUUAUUGAGUGGGCAGGCACACAAACCUGGUCCACCGGCAAGGUUGCGUGUUCAGGAAUCAGCUACUACGGUAUGGUUGGGUACUGGGCUGCGAUGCAGAAGCCGCCUCAUCUGGCAUGCGUUGUGUCCUAUGAGUCUCAGUGCAACAUGUAUCAAUCUACUCGACGAGGCGGGAUAUACAGCUACAACUUCCAGUCCCAUUGGUACAAGAAUCUCGUCAUCCCCCAACAAGCUAGCCGGGACAAAGGGAGUCUAUCGGAGAGAGACCUGGCGGAGAACAGAGUGGAUUUUCCUGGGAUAUGCUUGGAGACGGAGUAUCCCACAGAAGGCUUUUGGGAUAUUCUGGGUAGAGUGCGGAAACUGUCUGACAUUGAGGUUCCGAUAUAUCUCGCCGGCAACUGGACUGAUCCAGAGCUUCACCUUCCAGGAAACAUUCGAGCCUAUAACGGGGCAUCAUCAAAGUUUAAGUGGUUGGAAAUGCACACGGGAAACCACCUAGCGGCCUUUUACGAUCCCGAACACAUCAGACGACAGAGGCAAUUCCUGGAUUAUUUCCUCUUCAACAAGGCAGACAAUGGGAUGCUGGAUGUCCCUAAACUUCGACUUAUUCAGCAUCACGGCACUUCGACCUUUUACCGAGAGAGCGAACAAGCGUUUCCACCCCGUGAUGCUGAAGAUGUGGCAUUUUAUCUCAACCCCGACAAGACAUUGAGCCUGGUGGAAUCCAAGGAACUGAAAAUGGCUUUCAACUAUCAAGGCUUGAGAGGCAACAUCGAGUUUACCUUGCAUAAUCCCUUCACCGAAAAGUUCGAGAUCUUGGGGUCACCUUAUUUGGAACUCGAAGUGAUCACCGAAGCUCAAGACAUGGACCUCUUUAUCUAUCUGCGAGCCAUCACAGCAGACAAACAGCCUUUUAUCCUUGUUGGAAACCACGGUGAGCCUAUGGACAGCUUUGCUAGAGGCUACUUCCGCCUCUCACACCGCGAAGAAAUUGAGAAAGACUUUGCGAGGGACAAAGUCAUCAGCCAACCCCCGGUUCCCAAGUCAGAGGUGGUUCCUGGGAAGAAGUACGCUAUCAAGGUGCCGCUGUUUCCAACCGCAUUCUUGUUCGAUCCAGGACAAAGCUUACAGCUUGAGAUUGGCUCUGUGAAUAGCAAGUCGGUCAUACCAGCUAUGAGGCAUGAAGGUGGUGAUAGGACUGAGGAGAGAUUUGGUGGGAGAAAUGUGAUCUUUUCACAUGGGAAGCUGGUUCUUCCCAGAGUGCACCGGGCUUGA